AUGGGGCUGCGGGAGCUGUCCGUGGUGCUGAUCGUCGCCGCGGGACUGGUGCAGGUGUCUUUGCAAGGAGAGUAUCAGAGAAAGCUCUACAAGGAACUUCUGAAGAAUUAUAACCCACUAGAAAGACCAGUGGCCAAUGACUCCCAGCCGCUCACCGUCUCCUUCAGCCUCAGCCUCAGGCAGAUCAUGGACGUGGAUGAAAAGAACCAAGUCUUAACCACCAACAUUUGGCUACAUAUGUAUUGGACAGACUACUAUUUACAGUGGAACAUGUCUGAUUACCCUGGAGUGAAAAAUGUCCGUUUUCCUGAUGGUCAGAUAUGGAAGCCCGAUAUCCUUCUGUAUAACAGUGCUGACGAGCGCUUCGAUGCUACAUUUCACACAAAUGUUCUGGUGAACUCUUCUGGAUACUGUCAGUAUAUCCCUCCAGGAAUAUUCAAGAGCACUUGCUCCAUAGAUGUACGCUGGUUUCCUUUUGAUGUCCAGAAAUGUAAACUGAAGUUUGGAUCUUGGACUUACGAUGGGUGGUCAUUGGAUCUGCAGAUGAAAGAAGCCGAAAUAUCUGGAUACAUUUCAAAUGGCGAAUGGGAUUUAGUUGGAGUCCCUGGAAGGAGGACCGAAUCUUUUUAUGACUGUUGCAAAGAGCCUUACCCCGAUGUGACCUUUACUGUGACCAUGCGGCGGAGGACUCUGUACUAUGGCCUCAACCUUCUUAUCCCAUGUGUACUCAUCUCGGCUCUUGCCCUCCUUGUUUUCCUGCUUCCAGCAGACUCCGGAGAGAAAAUCUCACUUGGGAUAACAGUUUUAUUGUCCCUCACUGUUUUUAUGCUUCUGGUAGCAGAAAUUAUGCCAGCGACAUCGGAUUCAGUGCCGCUAAUAGCUCAAUAUUUCGCAAGCACCAUGAUUAUUGUCGGUCUUUCUGUCGUCGUCACUGUCAUUGUCCUGCAAUAUCACCAUCAUGAUCCGGAUGGGGGAAAAAUGCCCAAGUGGACCAGAAUUAUCCUUCUCAACUGGUGUGCCUGGUUCCUCAGGAUGAAAAGGCCGGGGGAGGAUAAAGUCCGCCCAGCCUGCCAACACAAGCAGCGCCGAUGCAGCAUGUCAAGUGUUGAGAUUAACACUGUUAGUGGGCAACAGUCCAGCAAUGGAAAUAUGCUCUACAUUGGAUUCAGAGGACUGGAAGGUGUUCACUGCACGCCCACCACUGAUUCGGGUGUGAUCUGUGGCAGGAUGACUUGCUCCCCGACAGACGACGACAACCUUCUUCACAGUGGACACCCUUCUGAAACAGACCAAGAUCUGGCCAAAAUCCUGGAGGAGGUCCGGUACAUUGCCAAUCGGUUCAGAGACCAAGAUGAGGCGGACGCCAUUUGCAAUGAAUGGAAGUUCGCGGCGUCUGUGGUGGACCGUCUCUGCUUGAUGGCUUUUUCAGUCUUCACAAUAAUUUGUACAAUUGGCAUUUUAAUGUCAGCACCCAAUUUUGUGGAGGCCGUUUCUAAAGAUUUUGCUUGA